AUGGUUCUAGGGAGGGUGAAGGAGAGACCGGUGCUGGUGCGGGAUCGAGUUGACCUCAUUGCUCACAAACUGGCCCGUGUGGAGUUUGAGGAAGGUAACAAACACUUGCCUAGGGUGUUUGUUGCGGAUUCUGUGAUCAAGAACCUGAGUAAUCCAUGGAGGGAGGCGCUGGUAAUCAAAGUUCUUGGGAAAAACUUGGGGUACACCCUCAUGCGGAAGAAGCUGCAGGGUCUGUGGAAACCCAAGGGUGGUUUUGAAACCAUGGAUAUUGAUCAUGGUGUAUUCAUGGUCAAGUUUGAUCAGACUGAUGAUAAGGAGAAUGUGCUUAAAGGGGGGCCAUGGAUGGUCUUUGAUAGAUGCUUGGCUGUGUCCUUAUGGAGUCCAGAUCUGGUUACGUCAGAAUCACUGGUUCUGAAGACCUUAGUCUGGAUCCGGUUCCCAGGCCUUAAUCCGGCGUACUACGACGAGAGCCUGCUGUUCGCGCUAGCAACGUCGGUGGGGAAGCCGCUCAAGGUGGAUGCUCACACGACUCAGAUGAAUCGAGGUCGUUAUGCACGAGUGUGCAUGGAGAUCGACCUUAGUCAGCCUGUGGCUAAGAGAAUUUGGUUCCGCAAUCAAUGGAUCCGUGUGGAAUAUGAAGGCAUUCACAUUAUCUGUGAUCAUUGUGGCUGUUACGGCCACCUUAGCCGCAAUUGCAUCACUCAAAACCAGUCGGCAACAUCGCAGCAGGGUGUGCAUGCAGGGAAGGCAGCGUCACAGAAGGGUGUGCAUGCAGGGAAGGCGGCGGUUAGUGCUGGCCAUGCAAACCCUAGCUCAAAGGUAACACAAGGGGCCCACAAAUCACAAGAUAAUGAUGGUUGGACCCAGAUCAAAGACCAUAAAUCACGAGCAAAUUUGAAUUCAAAUUCAAAUGCUCCUUCUCGGCAGAAACAGAAACCGCCUGCUACGUCCAAGGCGAAACUCAAGAGCUUAGCAUCUACAUAA